GGACAAGAUUUGCAUCCAGUUUAAACGCAUUUGUUCCAAGCGUGACACCCUUUGCUUUAGUAUUUCGCGCAUGAAAUGUAGGAAAAUCAAAUCAAAAUACUUGUUUACUCAAGGUAGUAUUAAAAGGUUUUUCUGUGUAAAUCAUAAAGCCGUAAUCUUGAGGAGAAACAAUCCAUUAUAAUGGGUUAAUACAUCUUGGUGAAGAUACUUGCAAAGGGUAAUUAUGCUCUCACAAACACAAGGUUGUUUUGACUUUCCAUUUCAGUUUACGUUUCAAAGUAAACGUCAGUUAACUUUCAUCGGAUUUGCCAUUCGUCGAUUUAUUGUCGGUAUUAACUACGCAAUUGUCAUUCCCUCUCUUUGGUUCUACCUGAAAUCAUUUAAUGCCCCAUACUACUAUUUAGGAUUGGCUAUAGCCGCUGACUCGCUUGUAGGCGUUAUCUUUGCCCCCAUUGUGGGCAAAAUUGCUGACGCAACAAGAAACAUACGCGCUAUUGGGGCUUUUGCAUGUUUGCUAGAUUUUUCCGGUAAUAUUGUGUAUGCAAUACCGUUGCAUGUCUACAUGCCAGUGAUCGGUCGAUGUAUAUCUGGUAUUGGUGCAGGAUACGUGUCGGCACUUUAUGGAGAAGUGUCACGUGUCACGAUGCCUUCCGAGCGUACGCGAAUAGUUACGAUAAUGGAAGGAGUGCGUCUGCUUGGAAUUACUAUCGGACCAUCAUUUAAUUUCUUUUUACAAACUUUUGAUUUUAAAAUUGGCCCAUGGAAAAUUGAUAAGAAAAAUGCACCAGGAUUUUUUAUGGCUAUAUUAUGGUUAAUUGUUUUCGUUAUUCACUUGUUUAUGGUGAAUAACAUCACGAAAGAGUUUAGACAUCUUGAAGAUGAGAUUUUAUACGGAAAAACUUCAAAGAAUCUUGAUCCGCUGGGUUCAAAGCCAGAAUGUCAACGAAAGUCUUCUGACGAUGGCAUGGGUUCUCGGAGAUCGCUACAGGAUACAAUGGGAUCCAUCGAUGAUGAGAAACAUAGUAGAGGAUCAACUUGCUCAUUUGAUCACCAGAAUGAAGGUGAGUUGGAUUAUAUUGAUAUUUUGUUAUCACAACGGCGACAAGACGGUCAAACAAAGAAAAAAACUCGCACUUUUUGUGAUGGUAUAAAAGAAGCUGUCUCACGGAUCGAUAUUUUGGUUUUGUUUUUCUCUCAGUUUUUGAUGUAUUUUAGCCAAAGUGCGUUCGAGACGCUAGCUCCCCUUAUAGGAGUACAGAUGUUUAAUUUUACAAUAACGUACCUUGCUUGUCUAUAUGUUGCUGCGGGAGUAGAGCUUGUUGUUAUCAUUGUACUUGUGUGGUUGGUCUCACGACAUAUAUCUGAUAGAAGUCUAUUGCUUGGCUCAACUGCCAUGGGAACUGUUGGUGUAUUUGCGUUGCUUGGUGUUGCCUUAUCAAAGCCAGGAUCCCAUGGUGGACUGGUUUUAGGUCUACUUAUGGUAUUCUUUAUGUUGCUAGCAACACCUGUAACAAGCAUUGUUGGUAAAUCAUUAUUAUCGAAAAUUACACCUGUUGAAGAACAAGGAUUUUACCAAGGUUGUCUGUCAUCAACGCAACAACUUGGGUUAAUCAUUGGCCCUCUAGUGGGUAGCGCUCUUUAUACCUACCUGAUUAUCUUCAGUUCUGUGUCCCUAGCUGUUUUCGUCUUUCUUUAUUUAUUGACAUUGCUCGUUAUGGAUAAAUUGGUCGACAAUACUAUUCAAGCUGAAAGCGUUGAAUCGUAGACUUUUCACGUAAUCUCCAUUUUAAAGUUGUUUACUAAAAACACAAUGAGAAGGAGAUUUUUAUUUUUGGAGCAUUUUACUUAGUAGCUAUAACAAUGACGCAUAGUUACAUGUUUGUAUGUGCAUAGUCCACAGAAAGACUGUUCGUGUUGACUUUCGAUAUCUUGCGCUUGAGGACCAGGGGGCGUUUGAACGAAGCCUGGAUAACGCUAUUCAUUAGAUAGCAAUUUUUUAAAACUUUUAAAGAACCUUUUAAAAAGCAAAAAAA